CUUUUACCACCGAUCAAUUGACUGGAAUUUGCACACACGAAUACAGGCGCAACGCGUCAUCGUGCGCCGCUUACGAGAUAUCUUGCCUUCGCACGAGGCGAUGGCCGGGUUGCCGUCGUCAUUCCCGGCUCACCACGCUUUCCAGACUGUGUUCAAUGGGUCCAUAGCGCCAAGUCCUUGAAUGCCCGGGGCAUCGUCAUGAUAAGGCUUGCAAUUUGCGGAAGUCGGCACUGAAAUACGCGGCGGCAGGCCGCCGGCAACCGAAUCCGCGAGCCCACCCCCUGUCGACCUAAUUUCAACUUCUUCCACCUUCACUGCAAGCAUGGGUAUCGUUCUUUCUGGCUUCGCACAAAGCUUCCCGUCCGCGUCCAAGUUCUCCGUGGACCAGAUUCCUGAUCUAUCAGGUCAGGUUAUUAUUGUCACUGGUGCCAAUGCAGGAGUUGGCAAAGAGACGGCCAAAGCUCUGCUGAACCACGGCGCAAAAGUGUAUAUGGCGGCGCGCAGCGAGGACAAGGCCAAGGCUGCAAUUGAAGAGCUCAAGGCGUCGACGGGUAAGGCGGCCAUCUUCCUGCAGCUAGAUCUUUCGGACUUGCCCUCAAUCAAACGUGCGGCCGAGGAGUUCCUUUCUGCAGGAAGGAGAUGCAGCUUCAUGUUCUGUUCAACAACGCGGGUGUCAUGGUACGAAGAAACUCAUUGGGCCUCGGCAUUGUGCGUUCAAAUGAGUCUAACAUCGCAUCAGCCCAUCUCUGACCACAAUUCCAGAAAUGAACGUUGUCACCAGAAUCCACCGUACGAAAUGCUCACAGCUCAAGGAUACGAUCUCCAAGUGGGCACGAACGUUCUCGGUCACUUCUACUUCACGAAACUACUCCUUCCUAUUCUGGUUUCUACAGCCUCUGCGACCGGCAAGGCUGCGCGAGUUGUCAACACAGCCUCUCUGGCCGCAGAGCUGUCAGGCGGGAAGCUGGAGCUCCAGUCAUUCAAAGAAGGCCCGGUCAGGAAACGUCUGGGCUCGCAGGGAAUGUACGCUCAGAGCAAGCUGGGAAACGUCGUGUUCAGCAACGAGCUGGCCCGACUUUACGGAGACAAAGGCAUCGUCUCUACGUCCAUGAACCCAGGCAAUCUCCGAACUGAGCUUCUGCGUCACACUCCGAGCAUCCAGGCCAAGAUCAUCGACUUGAUGCUUUAUCCCGCAUCCUAUGGCGCGCUGACUCAGCUUUGGGCCGGCACGUCGGAGGAAGGCGCGACCAUGAAUGGAAAGUAUCUCAUUCCUUGGGCAAAAUAUGGAAAGAUUCCUAAGGGUGGCAAUGAUCUUGCUGCACAGAAAGCGCUAUGGGAAUGGGCUGAGGAGCAAGUUGCUGGAAUAUAAAUCAUCGCAAGACAUAACUUUUUGAAGCUUACACCAUUCCUCACAUAAUGUACUUUAGUGCAAAUUAUUUCCUUCUGGCCAGCGACACAUCACUGUUCUUGUUGAAAUUAAAUAGAAUUCCUGGGAUGCAGCUCAGCUGUCCCGCAAUGUUCUAGAUAAUUAAAUAACCACAUUUGGACAUGUACUGGUAAAUAGAAGAAUAUUCUAG